UCUUUUCGGCGAAAUGUAUGACUAAUAAAAAUGUACUUCUUAUGGCUUAUAGCAUAUUCUCCAUAUUCUAAACUUAUUUCAAGUUAACAAACAAGUAUAGCUCUCCUUAAUGUUACAAAAGCACCAAGUCUGAUUAAAAUGGGUUCUGCAGCAGAAAAUGUGUAUGCUGAGCAUGAAUUGGAGCACUUCACUCAGCGGUAUUCAUGGGACUGUGGUGUGGCUUGCGUCACAAUGCUGCUGGACCCAGCACAGCGCCAGGAGCUGUUAGACAACUUCGAGCAGGUCUGCAAGGAGGAGGGCUUCGGGCAAAUCACAUGGACCAUUGAUCUGUGUUAUUUGUUGAAGAAGUUUGAGAUCCCUCACUGCAUGCACACCACUAUGAUGGGGGUGAAUGAGGCCCACAGGAAACACAAAUACUACCGGAAUAUCAUUGAUAAGGACCGCCUCCGCAUCUCUCAACGCUUCGACUCCGCAAACGCCGUUGGCAUAGAGUUGGUAGAAGGCCACCUGCCAAUGGACGCCAUAGUGCGUCAUCUGCGUCAUGGCCCAGCCUUAUUACUCAUCGAUGCAGGACUGCUGUCGUGCGACCUCUGUAAACACAACAAGCUGAAGGCGGACUUCAGGCGCUGUUUCGGCGGCUCUUUCACCGGCCACUUCGUCCUACUAGUGGGCGUGUGUCGCAACAAACUGCUGUACCACGAUCCCGCCUUAAGGCCACGCACAUGUGCCACCAGCAUGGCGCGCAUGGAGAGGGCUAGAGCCCCGCCUACUGAUAGAGACGUUGUACUUAUUUAUAAGGAGUACAGGAGGUGACGAGCUCUACCGUGUUACCGAUCCCGCCUUAAGGCCACGCACAUGUGCCACCAGCAUGGCGCGCAUGGAGAGGGCUAUAUAGAGCCCUGCCUACUGAUAGAGACGUUGUACUUAUUUAUAAGGAGUACAGGAGGUGACGAGCUCUACCGUGUUACCGAUCCCGCCUUAAGGCCACGCACAUGUGCCACCAGCAUGGCGCGCAUGGAGAGGGCUAUAUAGAGCCCCGCCUACUGAUAGAGACGUUGUACUUAUUUAUAAGGAGUACAGGAGGUGACCAGCUCUACCGAGUUACCGACCCCGCCUUAAGGCCACGCACAUGUGCCACCAGCAUGGCGCGCAUGGACAGGGCUAUAUAGAGCCCCGCCUACUGAUAGAGACGUUGUACUUAUUUAUAAGGAGUACAGGAGGUGACCAGCUCUACCGAGUUACCGACCCCGCCUUAAGGCCACGCACAUGUGCCACUAGCAUGGCGCGCAUGGAGAGGGCUAGAGCCCUGCCUACUGAUAGAGACACUUGUCUAUAAAGAGUGCAGGAGGUGACGAAGAGACAGGGUUUUAUUUUAUUUAUUUAUUUAUUGUUACUUAUUUACAAGAGUGUGUUCCGAAAAAAGAUUCAUUCAUUUAUUCAUAGUAAUAUUUAAAAUCCACAUGUUGAGAUGAUAUGUUAAUCAUGUGACAAGAGAAAACUGGAAUUUUAUUAUUUAAUUCUUUUGUUGAUGUAAUUUUGAGAAUAGAUUAUAAAUAGUCAUUACUAAGAAAAUACGGAUAAUACUUACCUAUUUUGCCAUUAUUUUACCUUUUAUUGUAUGUGCUAAGAGCUAAUAUAUAUUUAUUUCAAAGAGAUACAGUAAUGUAUUUAAUUUUGGCUUACUUAUAGGUAUAAUAAAUAUAGGAAUUUAUGUUCUCUCUACCUACACUAAUAUGAUCAAAUCUAAAUAUAUCCGAAUUAAUUAUUAUGUCCAUGACAAAGAGUUUUUUUUAAUACUUAAAUUGUUUAUAUUAAUGCAAAAUGGCCGUAUC